AUGACCUUACCCAGCGUCAUUGUUGGACUCGAAAAAUCUGUACAAGUACUUUUAGACACGUUUGAUGACCUUCAAAGACUUUUACUUGCGCAGGAAAAGUCCACUAAAGACCUCGCUCAACGAGUAGACUUGCUGGAAAUAGUUUCCUCUCCAAACGAACUCGCUCAGCUCCGGUUAGAUUUGGAUAACCUCGAAAGACAGAGCCGUCGUCUAAACAUUGAAAUCCAUGGCAUCCCAGAAACACAAAAUAAAGUCCUGACGGGAAAGAUGAAUGAAUCGGCAACAAAGCUGGAUAUUCCGCCUGUAAACCGAAGUGACAUUGCAGCUCUGCAUAGACUCCCAUCAAAACCGGGUGAAACACGAGGCGUUAUCGUUCGCUUUACAUGUGAGAAGCUUCGCGAUUCUUGGCUUCAAAAAAGGGAGUCACUUAAGAAAGAAAAAGGCAACGUGCAUAUUUGUGAAAACAUGACUCGGCUCUCCCGCACUCUCCUGUCGAUAACGAAGCAAUGGGCUGCGAAAUCAGGAUACGCGUUUGUUUGGCAUUUCGAAUGGGAAUGUGCUAAUCCGAAAAAAGAACGGUGA